UUUGAACAACAAAACUUAAACAGGAAGCCGCGCAGCCAGCGACAACAAACUUACAAGCGUUACAUUCUUUUUACGUCAUGUUAUAAUUCCGAAACACAAAGUAAACCUCCGUGUUCCCGUCUGAACCCGCCAGCAGAACACUGAGUCAUGGAUCCGUUGUUGGAAACCCUGAAGAACAGCGACUUGAGCUCGGUGCUGUCGUCGUGCGAGCCGGAGCUGCAGGAGCUCAUGCGGCAGAUCGACAUCAUGAUGGACCAGAGGAAGAGGGAGUGGGAGGCGGAGGUGCGGGGCCUGGAGCAGCGCCUCCAGGCCGGGGAGCACGAGCUGUGGUCGGCCAGGCGGCUGGGGGAGCAGAGGGUCGUGGAGAUGGGGUAUCUGCGGCAGCAGCUGGAGGAGGCGCAGGCUGGGAGACUGAGCCUAGCGUCACGCUACGAGGAGCAGCUACAGAAGGUCCACGAGGAGUUAUCCAGGUUGAAGAGAAGCUAUCAGAAGCUCCAGAGGAAACAUCUGAAGGAGGCGAACGAAGGCGCUAAGGGCCGAGAGGAGCUGCCUCUGAAAGACAAGGCCGAGGUGCAGUGCCUGUGUGUGGGCUGUGCUGGUGUUCUAGCGCCCUCUGCUGGUCACCGAGGGUAUAACCAGCAGUGGCGAGGUGGUGUUCUAGCGCCCUCUGCUGGUCACCGAGGGUAUGACCACCAGUGGCGAGGUGGUGUUCUAGCGCCCUCUGCCGGUCACUACGAGUAUAACCACCUGUUCCCGGAGGAGAGGCGGACCGGUCUCCUCUGUAACCUGGCGUCUGGUCCACAGGUGGGGCUGGAGGACAGAGCAGAGGUCCCGGGCCUCCAGAGGGAGGUGAGCAGGCUGCAGCAGGCCCUGAAGGACAAAGAGCACGAGACACGGGUGGAGGGGGCCACCCGGCAGCGGGCGGAGCACUGUAAGGCGGAGGAGGAGCUGAAGAAGCUGCUGAGUCAGGCCAAGGAGGAGAGGGCCGUUGCCGUUAGCGACGCCAGGAAGCUGGGGGAGGAGCUCCAGCGGUCCCGUCUGACCCACGGCGGGGAGCUGGAGGGCGUGAGGAAGGAGGUGUCCCGGCUGGCGGGGGAGCUGCACCGCCGGGACGUCGCCGUGGCAACGCUGGAGGGCUCCGCCUCCGCGGCGGCGCGGCGGCACGCCGCCGAGACGGGGCGGGCGGAGCGCCGGGAGGCGGAGCUAAAGGUUCUCCAGGUGCAGCUGGAGUCCCUGAAGACGGAGAACCAGCGCCUGAGUGGUGUUCUGGAGAGACUGGACCCCUCACCGUCCCCCAAGAGAGGGUCUGCAUGUCGGGGGUCUGACCGGGAGCGGGGGGUGACGUCGCUGAGCAGUCUGGAGCGGGAAAACCAGCAGCUCAGACAGGAAGUGAACCAGAUGAGGUCCCGCCUCCAGGAGGGAACUCCGCCUCCCCCGGCUAAGGGCGGCCAAUCACAGUCCACGUGGCUCGGCAGUGGAGGCGGAGCGGGGAGGGAGGAGGAGGAGGAGGAGGAGGUGCAGGCGAUGAAGGCCAAGCAGCAGUCGACCCCCCCGCCCUACGGGGAGGGGCUCCACAGAGUCCCGGUCCCUCCAGACCUCCUCUCCCCCGGGUCCCAUCAGCCCCACCGUGUCCCUGCUCCUCCCUCCUCCUCCCCCUCCUCCUCCUCCUCCUCCCCCUCCUCAUGGCGGGGGAGGAGGGUGAGGACGGGUCGGGAGGAGGGUGUCGCCGGGGGGAGGUACUCCUCCAGCUCCGAGGAGGUGCUGCUGGACCCCCUGGGGGGUGACGACGAGGAGACUGCGCUGGCGGCGGCGGCGGCGGAGGGCGUGGUCGCCCGCUUCCUGGAGGGCGAGACGCUGCGGUCGGAGGAGCUGCUACUGCGGCUGGAGACCCACGUCCAGGGGCUGAGGGAGGACCACGCCCGCACCGCCCGCAGGUACCAGCCUGCCCCCACCUCAUCCCACACCUCCACACUGACCUCCACUCUGACCUCCAGCCUGCCCUGACCUCCACCCUGACCUCCACCCUGACCUCCAAACUGACCUCCACCCUGACCUCCAACCUGACCUCCAAACUGACCUCCACCCUGACCUCCACCCUGACCUCCAGCCCGCCCUGACCUCCACCCUGACCUCCAGCCUGACCUCCACCCUGACCCCCAGCGGUCAGAGGUCACCCGGUCAGACCCCAGAGGGUGAAGCAGACUCGGUCAUCAGUGAUCCCAGAGAGACUCUGGGGAGCCAGACGAUCACUGAAUGUUGAUCCAAGAUGGCCUCAGAGGUGAAUAAGGCCCAUGAAGAGUCUGAUGGGGUGGUGAACUGAUCAGUGUGGCGGUGGCAGAGGAAGACGAGUUCCCUGGUUGCUACAGACUGAAUAGUGAUGUCACAGCCCGGCCGGUGUGACGGCCGUCCUUCAUUAUCUCACGCCGCCAACUCGGACUCAAACUGAACCUGUAAUGAACCACAGCUUGGUUACUGCUGUUACCAUGCCGAUGAGAGCUGCGAUAUCGUGGUGAUAUCCGCUCUGGUGACGAGAGCUCCGUAACCAUGGUGACGAGAGCUCCGUCAACAUGGCGGUAUCUGCUCCGUCACCCUCGGUGAUCGGAGUCGAGUUACGUGCCGACGUAGGGAACGUUGGAGGCCAUGCGUUGGCGGUCCAGACGGUCUGGUCUGUGGGGGUCUCUGGGGUCCUGGAGGGAGUCCUGCCCCCCCCAGACAGACAGACCCCCGGCAGACCCCCUGCUCUCGGACCACAGCGCUCCAAUGGAGGGAAUAUCAGACCCCCCCUAUCUGUCUCCCAGCGGGACAACGCUCCAGGAUGUAUCAACCACGGGAUGAACUCCAGGAAUACUGGAGGGGGGGGGAUAUCAUCAUUGUGUUUUUAUACUUUUGAACACCGUUUAAUGUCAGGAUGUCCAAUAAAGAUGUUCCCUAGUGACAUUUUG